AUGUCACUUUCGUCUGUGCUCUCCGCGAGCCUUGUCACCGGCGUCGUCGGUAACAUUCUUGUUAUAUGGAUGUUCACCACAAACAAGAAGUUGAAAACGCCAUCAAAUAUGUUGAUAGUAAACCUGGCACUGAGUGAUCUGACGUUUUCUGCCGUCAAUGGUUUUCCUCUCAAAUCUAUCUCUGCCUUUAGUAAAAAAUGGGUGUUUGGAAUGGUUGCCUGUGAACUGUACGGCCUCAUAGGUGGAAUAUUCGGUUUCAUGUCCAUCAGCACGUUGGCAGCAAUUUCAAUCGACCGCUUCAUCUGCAUAACAAAACCCCUACAGGCCGCAAGGAUCAUGACGCGGAAAAAGGCCUUUAUUAUGAUUGUGGUGGUUUGGACCUGGUCAGUGUUUUGGUCUAUUCCCCCUCUAUUUGGAUUCGGGGCGUACAUCCCAGAGGGAUUUCAAACGUCGUGUACUUUCGAUUACAUUACCAAAAGCACCAGCAACCGAAUAUUUAUCAUCGGAAUGUACGUGUUUGGGUUUUUGAUGCCUUGUUUAAUUAUCAUCGGCUGUUACAUCCAGAUACUGAAGGCCAUUAAGGCACACGGGAAAGAAAUGACACGUAUGGCUGACAAACUAAACGCCGAAGAAGCAGAUAAGAGCAAAAAAGCUAAAGCUGAGAUGAAAAUCGCUAAAAUAGCAUUGAUGUUGAUAUCACUCUUCAUUCUUUCAUGGAGUCCGUAUGCUACCAUUGCAUUAAUAGCACAGUUUGGAUCGCCAGAUUUUGUUACACCUCUCAUGAGUGAAUUGCCUGUUCUUUUGGCUAAAACGUCUGCUAUGCACAACCCUCUAGUAUAUGCACUCAGUCAUCCCCGCUUCCGUGCUGCGCUAGCAGAAAAAGCCCCAUGCUUUAUGGUUUGUUGUCCCCCCGAGAAGACGCCAACCUCAACUUUAAGUCGACAUGUGGCUGGUCGCACAGCCAGCCAAAGCAGUGUGACCAGUUGUGCAACUAAUAUGAGCGAUUGUCAAGGAGGCAUACAAAUGCAACCAACGCCGACAACGGUCAAUCAUGGCGACCUUGUUAAGGAUCUGGUCGGCGCCCUGGUCAACAUGGCGACACAGAAUGCAAAUCAUGUCGUACAGCCUGUCUAUCUCCCUAACGGUGUGUUACAUAGCAACGGAACCGGAAUCAUCACCGUUCCUCAGGUAAACGUUAUUUCAGGUCAAGGUCACCAGAACGCUGCAUUUGUUCCUGAAGUAGAGACUGUAGACACAGGAAAGGUAAACACAGAUAAAGAGAAAGAGAAUGAUAAUGUUACUUCCAAGGACGCUGUUAAGGUAUGA